AUGCUCAGCUGCCCCUGUGGCUGGCCCAGGGAGGAAGAGGAGGAGGUAAACGAGGGAGCUCCGCUAAAGCCGCCCUGCCGUCCACCAGAGCGGAAAGCUGGCAGAUGCGACGGAGCCUUGUACGAUGCACAGGGCUGUGACUUCACCAACACUGCUAAAGGACCUCUAGUCUGAUAUGGGCUUACUCUGCCCCCCCAACCCACCCUCCCUAACCCCCACCCCUAACCUGUUCUCAGUGCUCCUCUGUUGACCUGCAUAUGUGGACUUCCAUAGAUAGCCUUUUUACGUGAAUUAAGCAGAUCGCCAUUUUGCUGGUCAAGUGGCCACACCAGGUGGACUGUAUUUUUCUCUGUGGGAGGGUAUUUUUUAAUCUCCCAGCUUCUCUCUCGCUCUCUCUCUCUUCCACCGACUUCUGUAGCCCUCCUGUGUCUGUAAGGGUCUAGGAGAGGCUGUACUCUUGAGAAACCUCUGUGCUCUCUUAUUUCUGUCUGUGGAGAAUGGCUCUUUCAUCAACUAAUGGGUUGUUUAUUAAUACUGGGGAGUUAACAAUGGCUUCGGCGCUGUUUGAUCUAGUUUCCAUUCACCUAGUGAAGCUGGAAUUGUGCAUAAUCUGAGUGGUAGAGUGCAUAUUGUCUUCAUGUGGAUUUUAGAAUAUUUGCUUGAAAAUCUGUUGCCAAUUGGAUGGAAACCUAGCUACUGUCUUGAAACAGAGUAUCUCCAGAAGGGAAUAUUUAGGGUAGCAUGUUUGUUUGGCAGGAGUUAUUUUAGCGUUGUAUUAUUUUUCAUUACCGUUUUAAUUAGAUGUUAGCGCUAAUUCAAAUAAUUAUGCUAGGAUGUGAAUAAUAAUAAUUAGAAGACCUGACGCAGGAGGAAGGGAGGCUGUGACAACCUCUGAGAAAAUCAUCCUAAUCUGUCUAAUUUGUUACAAUGACGAGAAGGAUUUUGACGGGGUGGGGAGGAGGGAUUUGAACAGGGGGUUAGAAGGGGGAGAAGCUAGUAUGGAGGCAUUAGUGCUGCCAAGGCGGAGACACCUCCGACAUUAAAUCAAUUACAGCACAGGUUGAAGUGGUUGAUAAUAGCAAUCCUGACUGGGAGGAUAGAGAGCAGAAUAGAAGUGAAUUCUCUCGCGUUCUCUUGUUCUGACACAUGCCAAGAGAUUUCGCCAAGCCGCUGUCUCUCCUACCAUGUGUCUGAGCGCUGACUGGUUCGCUGCGUGCAGCCAAGAUAAACCCCUCAUAGGGGAGUCGGAACAAGGCUGUCUGGGUAGUAUACCCAAGGCCAACACAACAAAAACGUCACAGGAAAACAUGCCGGAGAGGCCCGUCGGGUUCCCGAAGAUGAAUAGUCCAAUAUAUGCUUAAGGAUUCCCGGCACAUGUUUUCAGAUGUUGAUUUAAUAAUGGGGGUGCAUGCAGGAGACGCGGCAUACAAUGGGGGAGAAUUUGUAUAAAUCAAUAUGGAGACUCACUCACGUUUCACUGGCCGCAGGACUGAAUAUGACUGAUGUGUUUACUAAUGUAAUAUCUCCACUGAAUUAAAGACAUUGUGUUUGUAUUUCCAUAAUCUAUUAUUGUCCCUCUCUCUGCUUUGUACUAACAUUGUAAAACAAAGCUAAUCUGUUUCUCCUCUGUAAUUACUAUCAGAAAAUAGGAAAACAACAACCCAAAGCAUAAAAAGAACAUGAAUAUUGUAAGCAAAUCCAACAUGUUGUGUGGAUAGAGGUGCAUUAAAGACAGCAACAUCAUUUACUAUGUAUUCUGUUAUUGUUGUUAUUGAACUCCGUUACAUUUCCUUUCCUAUCUGCUGCGUUUACUCCCCUUGGAGAUAUUGCAACAGAAUUAUCAGGGGAGGAAGCACAUAUCUCUUCAUUCUUUUCUUUGUGUGUGUGUGGGGGGGUUUGGGUGGUUGAUGUGUGUCCAUAAGAGGGAGAGAACACAAACAAACUAGCCAAGGCCAUCCUAAGCUUCGCACAACAAUUUAAAAAAGAUAUAAGAAAAAGAAGGAAACAGGAGAGAACUCAAACGAGAGUCCAUCUUAUUGAUCUGAGAGACCACAAGGGUCACUUGUUAACCUCAGUCGAGAUUCCUGCUUUAUCCCAACACCCCAAGAUGCAUUGCCUGUCUUUACAUUAAAGUAAGCCGUAGGACCGCGCUUUAGCUCCUGGUAAACACAAUGUGCUGGAGAGGCUGACAUCUCAGUCAACCCUGGUUUCAGAUGGUGGCAGCGAGACGCAGGGAGGUGAGAGCUAUAGCCCAGAUGACAGGCUGACUUUAAAAAGCUUUUUCUCUCCCCGCUAUUCCUCUCACAAGGCCUUUCAAUUACCCAACGGUCUUUGUGCUACAGUGUGGUAGGAUGCCAAGCAGGAGGAGGGUGAUGGGGGGGCUGCUGUUUAGGUAUAUCAGAGCCUCAACACGCUCACCAACACUGCAUGUCAGUGACACCUCUCACUAAGUGCCAUUACCCCACUGUGCCUCCAGUACCCCCUGUCCACCCCACCACCCCCUCCCUACCCACCCUCACACCACACUUUGUGCCUGAGCUCUGGUAGCACCGUGCGGCUAAUAACAGGAAUGGCUGAAGUAUAUGAGUGUGAGUGUGAGUUAAUGUGUGCCAGAGAUGUGAUGUUGGCAGACAGAGCUGUGAUUUCUAGUGAGUGUCAUAGGAGCAGUCAAUCUGCAUGGGUGAAAUCAUAUGUAAAUGAAAAUGCUUCGUUUGCUUUUGCCGAGUAGAGUUUCAGAAAAGUGGAACACCUCUAAUGCACGUAUCUUGUUGGGUUAGGGCAGGGUUGUCCCAAACUCGGUCAUGGCCCCCGCUGGGUGCACGUUUUGGUUUUUGCCCUAGCACUACACAGCUGAAUAAUAGCCAACUCAUCAUCAAGCUUUGAUUAUUUUAAUCAGCUAUAUAGUGCUAGGGCAAAAACCAAAAUCUGCACCCAGGGGGGGGGGGCCCCAGGACUGAAUUUUGAAAAUCCUGGGUUAGGGGAUUGUUAGGUUUGGUGUUUGCACCAGUUCAUUUGGGUUAGGUGUUUUGAAGGCAAUGUCUUUGAAUGUGUUAGAGAACUGGUUACCCAGGGCUUAUGGAUCAUAGUAUCUUACCGUGCCUCUAUCUUUCUGUGUGUUUCUCCAGGGGUCCAGGCCAUGUUCUCCCAGCAGCCCCAGGACCUGGUGGUGGUGGCCGGCCAGCCCGUCACCCUGCCCUGCUCCAUCCCUGGCUACCAUGGUGUUGUCCUGUGGAUCAAAGAUGGCCUGGCUCUAGGCGUUGGCAGAGACCUAUCAGGUAAGGAAAGACAUUUAUCAAUCCAUAUGUCACUCUCUUAAUCAGUCUGUUUCCAAUCCCUUUUCCAAUCUGUUACAACUAGUUAUAUUACUUACACGCUGUCAUAUAUCUGUCAAUGUGGGAUUUCUCCCUUCACUGAUUUUCAACUUUUGAAAGCUUAAGUCUUCUUCCUCAUCGCUGUAGAAAUAUCACCCAGCAGGUAGACAAACAUACAGCACAAUCCUAUAACAAUGCACUACUUUGCAUUAAGCUUUAAACAAGCUGAAAUUCAAUACUUUCAUCCAUCUGCCUGCUCUGUCUUCGUAUUUAGCCUAACAUUGAAGUGUUUUACAAUGUUCUGUUCAGGACAAACAGGGCUACAAGUAGAACAUGAAAACAAUUUGACAUAAACAGUUACAUUCAUGAGUUUUUUUUUUUUUUUUUUUUUACAAAUGUCAAUAAACAAAUAAGGUCUGCCAAACAAAACCCUGAUAAAAAAUGUAUUCAUAAUCACACAUACUAAUGGUUGAUAUCAGCGGAUGCAGAAGACAUAGUCGAAUCCAAUGACACACCGGCGUGACAGUGGGACUCAAGAUUUAAUUACCACACUCCAUUUUCCACCCAAAAUAUCUAGCAUCCAAUAACAUAUACAGUGAAAUACCCCAGACAGUUGUAUUCAUUUUAGCACUACCACAAAAAUGUUGACAAGGCCUCAUUACUAUCUAAUAGAAAGAUAAACCUAAUUCAAUAACAGUUUGUGGUGGGCAAAGAAGUUCGAAAAUCAACACUGAGUGUGAAAUCAAUAUAGCCACGGGUCACAUUUCAAGUUCUUUUAGCUUGUAAAUGGGCUUUUGAAGAGUAACUCACAAUCGGAAUUACAUUGUGGCUCUUGUAUUAUUACCUUAAUUGUUUAAUUUGGAGUACCACUUACUGCUGCACUGUCAUUUUAGUAGCCUGCAGUUUCUCCACUUGACGUUGGCGCCUGAUCCAUAUUCAUGAGACAUGAUGACUAUCUAUUCUACCAAAUAGAUAUUUACAACUUUAACUAACUAUUGGGAGAGUAAAUUCGUAUAGCUUGGAAAAUCUGCAUUAUUUAUUAAAAUAUAUUUUAUCCCCCCGAUUGUCUUUAGAAAUCCUUGGGAUUCCAAGACAUUCUAUGGCCUUAUACAGGGAGUAAGGGCGAUGAGUCUGAAAAUAGCCAAGUUCCUUUCACACCUCUCUUCCUCCAUCACUGAGGGAUCUCUAGCCUGUCUCUCAGAGUACUUGCCAUUCAAGUCAUGACAAAAAACCCAACUGGAGCCCUUUAAAAGCGGGGCCUCUUAUGAUCCGGGCGAUUAAAUAUGUAUUCCACUAGAGAUAUGGGGUCUUCUACCCUCUGACCUUCAGUGACUGCUCUAGUUUGCCUGCCUUCUGUCACCGAUAGAGCUCCUUAAUUAAACCUCAGUGGACGACGGUGUCCCAAUAAAUCCAUCCCAUUCACCUGUCUGGCCCUUAUCAGGCCACCGGGAGGCUGGGGAAGACAGUAAACAAUGACACAACAGUUUUGAAGUGGAGAAGGAGAGGGAGGAGAGGGAGAAGGACUUAUGAUAACGAGAAGAGAGAGAGAGGGUGAGAGGGUGAAAGGGUGAGAGAGGGUGAGAGCGACUCUUAACGGCACAUCAGCAGCAGUUUAGCGGUCAUGGGCGAGAGGCUGUGGACGGAGGCUGUGGACUGACCUCAUCGUGUCUCCACCCCUGUGAACCCACACUUCACUCUGUAUUUGGAUCAAUGGCCGGGCCAGGACGCUCAGAGAUGGGCAGAAUCUGAAAGCCCUUCUCCAUACAGCCUGUGUCGAUGAGAUACAUCGACGAAAGAGAUCUUUAUUAAAAAGCAUAGCAUGGACAGGGUCUUAGAGCAGUGGAUUAAGAUGAAUGUCACUUUUUGAAAAAAAGUGUACCACAGCUGCUCUUUUUAUCGUCUCUGCCUAUGUCAACAAGCAAUACAGUCAGCCAUUAAGAAUGAUGGCAUAUCCACGGCUAUAUACACAAGGAAAGCAGCUGUAUACAGAACAGUGUGAGGCGUCAAAUAUUGUGCAGAGCAUUUCAAUAUAGGAACCCCUCUGCUAUUCAUAGAAGGAGCUGCGUUUGCAAUAGCUCGCUCCGCCUGGGCCUGUUUCAAUUCAGGGGAACAGUGAUUAAAAUGAGAGAAAUCUUUCACUAUUUAGUCUGAUAAAUCAGAGGACAAAAGAGGAUGAUUCCUAUCGCUCCCUGAAUUCCUGCUCCUUCUCUUUGUGUAGCGCCUUCUAUUCUAAUUAAAGAGAGAGAUGCACCGGCCCAAAGCUGCACCAAAUGAAUGGCAUGAAUAUGCAUGAAUGGCAUGACUAUAUCUCCAAGCAGUCCAUGGAGAGUGCCCACUGGUGAGCACUUUUUUGGAGGGCACAAUGGAAUGAUUGAAAACCGAAGUCUUAGAAUGUUCCAGAUAGUGUUCUUAACAUUCUAGACAGUGGUGUAGAGUCAUUGGAAGCUACCUGACACGUGUGCUCCUCUGGCUUGUCCCCUGACAGCAAAUUAAACAUUAGUCAUCCAUUUCCCAACACCAACUACCCAAUUUCCAUCCCUGGAGGUGUCAGUGUGAGACGUGUUCUUCCUGAAUAGCGUAAAUCACUACCCCCCUGCCUUUAUUCAUCGUCCCUUCCCCUGCCAUUGAUCCACCAUAAAGACAAAUCAAUUUCUGUCCUGAUGGAUUCAUUACCCUUAAUGGGGCUAUUUUACAUUGUUUGCUUUAGUUAACACACGUUGUCUUUGAGAUUCAUUGAAAUCAAUGUGAGUUAUAUUUAUACAACAGUGACGUCCCUGCAAUUUCCUCCCAUACAAUAAACCAAUGUUUUUGCAUGCUCUACACUCUACAUAAGAAUGCCAUUGUGUGUGUGAUCUGUUUGACAUAAACGUAACCCAGUUAUGCCACAGGGACAAAAUACACCAAUGUCUAUUUAAAAGGCAUUUAAAUGCCAUUAAACUGGUCUUAUGCUAAGGUAUUUUUCCAUUUACUCUCAGUUAGCAAGCUUUAUUGUAUUACAACAGGACAUCUUAUUACGUUCAAUCUGCUAGAGGGCACGAGGACAACACAAUAUGCCUACAGUACAUAUUUAGGACAGAAAGCUCCUCCACUGGAUAGACGGGGUCACCUCAAGGUCAUACCAUUUACAAUGCCUGCUUGUUGUGGAGAAAUAAUGUAUUUUUUAAUAUAAUAAUAUAAUAUGCCAUUUAGCAGACACUUUUAUCCAAAGCGACUUACAGUCAUGUGCGCAUACAUACUUUUUCUCCUGAGCUUACACAGGGUCACACCAGUGCAUUGUGCUUAAGCAGGUUCUCGUACUUGAACACAACAUGGAAGGACUUUCAGUCAAAGCAUAUAUUUCAGGAAUGGAGUCUCAUUCAACUUCAGAGAAAUAUUUCAGUCAAGCUGUGCUUUAUUGCUAAUAAAUAGUUCAACGAAGCCAUUGACUCACUGGCUGCAUAAUCAACAACCACAUGGAACUCAAGAUCAAUGGUCAUUAACGUUAUUAAGCGAGUGCUGCUCAGUUUGAUCAACACUAUAUUAGAGUGAUGUGUAACCUUUUUGAACUUCUUCUGGCCCUGUAUGGAAGCUUAUGUAUCAAUGUGAAUAAUAAGACCCAUAACUGCCAGCGGUAUGUGGGCAGGAGAUAGCACUCUCUAUUUGAGGAUCUGACGAUCCUAUAAACAGAGGAACCACUCAGAGCUCACAUGGCCUACCCCCUCCUCUCUUUGUUUGGUACCUCAUUGUAUGCUGCUCCUACCUUCUAUGUUUAUGCUAAAUACUCUUAUAGCCGAAGGAAGUGUGGGGGGGGGGUACUGAGUACGUUUUGUCGACGGGGGGAGGUAAGUGCCUGGACAAAUAUUUUUGCCCGCGCUGACGCUGCAGACGCCAAUAUUGGUCCACUAAUACAGGACUAUUAAAGGCCCAGUGCACUGCUUUUGUGAAAUAAUAAUAGUAAUAAUAAUAAUUGUAAAAAAUAUUAAGAUUUUUUAUAAAGUGAUUUUUCAGGGGUUGCUGCAGCACCCUCAGCACCCCUACCUCCCACGGCUAUGUGUACUCUUCCCUCCUGCUUCCACCCCCCACCCUCCUAAAGAUUAAAAGCUAUGUGGGGAGAUGAAACGCAGAGCGGUUUAAAUGGCUGUAACUCAUCCCGCUAUGAGAAAAUUAGGGCCACUUCAUGGUCUAUGAAAGUGAAUGGGAUCCAGUAAAGCAAUGGACGAUAAUUGGACAUUCGGAGCACAGUGGUCUCAAUAGCCGAACUCAAGGACUUAAAAGCCAUUAUAUCUCCUAGUCUAUUAGUCCUAGUCUCUUAUACUCAUUUUGGGUGGCAUGUGCUAAAACAUACCUCUUUAAAUCCCCAGUGUUUUAUACUAAGUCACUGGAAUAUCUUUGAAGAGAACAUGACUCAUUGAUGGAUGCAAUGGAAUCAUUUUUCAUCCAGACUUUUAAUGGCAGUGAUUCAACAGCGAGGUUGGCAGAGAUUGUAGCUGGUUAGAGUGGAACACCAUCUGAUGUAGAAGUUCAGUUUGACAAUCCACAUCAUCGGAUAAAAUGUUUAACUGUUGGCCUGGUUAUGCUUUAAAACUCUCCACUCUAUUGUGUUCUGUCAUCAGUGAAUUGCAGAAGAACCUUAGGAAGAGAAAGCAAUCACUGCCAAGAAAUACUGAACAUUUUGGAGAAUUUCACAAGCAAAGAAUCUCGUUUCAAUUCACAUUUAUCCAAUAGUUACACCGAGCUCAGCCUUUAGAGAGCUGUUCAAGUUUUUCAUAUUGAAAGCUUCACAAUCAAACAUAUCCCUUUCUCACUUCUUUUUUGGAGUUUUAGAGCUAUCCAACUACUCCAUGAUGUAAAAUGGCCAGGACUCCUGGACAUACCUCCCUCUUCCUGCAUUAUUAAACUAUUAAUCUCACACCAUUGCCCUGCUGAAACACAUCUCAAUCUCUAGCCGUGUCUCUUCACCAUUGCAAUAAAACGUACUCGCUCUCCCAAAUACAGAAACCUCCUCAACCCCUAUCAUUAUUCUCAUCUACAGAAUUCCCGUUUUCAUCCAGUGUUAAAAUGUCUACUUCUACCCAUGUAAUGAGAAAAUCUGGCUUGACGUGGGUGACACUAAGAAUUCUGAGACAGGUAUAAUAAGGUCUCAUCUCAAAUGACCUAAAAUGCCCAGUAACACAGCAGUCAACAAUCAAUAUUGCACCACUGAUCCUUCAGUCAUUUGUGAUUGCCUGCAUUCUGGCAUUGUUGUACCAUGCUUUGAUAUCUCCUACCUUUUUAUUAUUAUUAUUAUUAUUAUUUAUUUUUAUUUUUUUUUGGGGGGGGGGGGGGGGGGUGUAGAUCAGCUCUAAUAUUGCAGGUAGAUUGUAACUUCCAUCAAUGUAAUUGUCUGCAUCACUUCCAAUCCCCCAUAUGUAUUUUUCCUCGAAAUAUUAAUACAUAUACACACAUAUAUAUACAUAUCCUUUAAAAACAAAUAUUUCCCUUUAUUACUUUCCAACCCCACCACCCCUUCCCUAAUUAGAGUAAACUAGUGAACAACAACGCUUAGGCCUCUACUUCCAGCUUAUACAUACUAUAUACGUUUUAUGGACACAGUCAAUUUUACAAUAAUUCUAUUUUGUUUGUUUUUACUCCUGAACUUCCUCUACCCUCAACCUCUCCGAUCAUUUUCAUGAUGUCCAUCUGGUUUGCUUCAAUACACCAUAUCUUUCUAACUGUGCUUUUUCACAAAAGCUCUCAACCUAUAACCUAUAUAUUUAUUAUGGACACAGUAUGCUUUACAUUAGUUAUCUUGUUGUUAUUAGUUGUUGUUAGUUGUCCCAUCCUUCAGCUCCAUUCAACACUUCCCAUCUAUCUCUUAAAACCAUCCAUAUUGGAUUUCUACUUGCCAUAUAUUUGUCAACUGUACUGUGAUGUUUCACAAAAGUCCUACCUUUUAUAAAAGGUCAAUUGGAUUGAAUGGUGCUGACAUAGGUUGAAAGACCAGACUCCAGGUUCUGACAGGGCAUAUGUUGCAUUGUGUUCCAGGCUACCCUCGUUACACAGUGAUUGGGGACCACAGUACAGGGGAACACCACCUUCGGAUCCAACGUGUGGAGCUGAUGGAUGACGCGGUCUUUGAGUGCCAGGCAAUCCAGGCAGCCAUGAGGUCCCGCCCCGCCCGACUCACUGUGCUGGGUAAGUGAGGAUUACAUUUACACACAAAUGCACACAUACAUUUUUGUCUUUUAGCAGAUGCUCUUAUCCAGAGCGAUUUACAGUUAGUGAGUGCAUACAUUUUCCAUACUGGCCCCCCUGUGAGAAUCGAACCCACAACCCUGGCGUUACAAGUGCCAUGCUCUACCAACUGAGCUACAGGAGGCUCCACACCACACAUAUAC